GCGACGAGUUCGACGCCAAAACCAUAUUUUGCUAAAUUUUUUCCCCAUUUUACUUUAUUGUGAGAAAAUAUUUAAAGAAUAUUAAUACAGCAUAACAGGUAAUUAAGUUUGAUUGGAAAAAUGUCGCACUCCUACUCCAAUGCACCGAGUAGUAGUGGCGGCUCGGGAAAUGUAGCCACUACGACCGCUGGUGGUCGUCAUGGCCCCAACAGUAAUUCGGCGAACGCAAUGCAAGUCAUAUCGUCUGGAACAUAUAACAUAUCAGGUGAUGUGCUAGUAAGCAGCAGUAGUGUGCCCAUCAUUCCUAAAAUAAAACAAUCGCCAAAAAACACGCGUAUAACAAAUGCCCGUAAGCCCCCUCCCACCAUCGAUAAUUUCUGGCAGAAUAUCAUGGCGGAUGUACGAGAAAUAAAUCAAGUGGACGCAAAGCAUCAAGCACUGCCGCUUGCACGCAUAAAGAAGAUAAUGAAAUUAGACGAAAACGCAAAAAUGAUAGCUGCUGAAGCGCCGCUUCUAUUUGCGAAAGCCUGUGAAUAUUUUAUACAGGAGCUGACAAUGCGCGCCUGGAUACAUACCGAAGAAAGCAAACGGCGUACACUUCAACGAUCAGAUAUCGCACAAGCAAUUGCAAAUUAUGACCAAUUUGAUUUCCUUAUUGAUAUUGUGCCGCGUGAAGAUAUCAAGCCUAGUGCGAAUAGUGGAAUCAAGAAGGAAACCCCAUCUCAACACGCGACGGUAAACACGGCGAAUUCGACAACCAGUGGGCCCAUAAAGAUGGAAUCCACGGAAGGAGAAGUAUUAACUUUUAGUGCACUAAACUCGGAUGCACUUGCGCAGUCAGCGGCCCAAAUACAAAAUGCGCCCCAAGCACACUCCACAAUGCAUCCGCCACAGCAACUGCAAAUUAUACAACAACCAUCCGCUACACAUCCGCAGCAAAUGCAGUACUUCAUUGCAACAGCGGAUGCGUUGAAUGCAGCACACGGCCAAAAUACAGCACCACAGCAGCAGCUACAAAUCAUACAGCAAGCGGCGCAACCGCAAUAUUUUAUAACAACACAUCAACCCCAACAACUCAUAUUGACGGCAGGACCCAAUGGACAAUUCACCGCUACACCCGCGCCGGCCACUCCAGCGCACCAACAAGCUACUAUAUUACAAAAUUUGGCGCAACAUCAACAGCAGCAGCAGCAACCACAAAUUCAGCUGCUGCAGCAGGUGGUGACACCCACAGGCGAGUUGACCAACGUCCCUAUUGCAAUCAACGCAAAUCAAUUAAAUUUAUUGCGUUUGCAAAUGCAACCUACAGCAACACAACAGUUGCUGCAUCUCAACACUUCCAACAACGUCCCAGUCACUACCUCUCACAACGUUGCUACUGCUCAGGUUCAAACACAGCAUCAUGGUCAGCAACAGCAGCAGCAUCAUGCUAAUGCAGGAGCAAACAUUUUUAUAAAUGCCACCCCACAAGUUGCUGCAGCGCAGCAUCAACACCAACAACUGCAGCAGCAGCAUCAGCACGUGAAUGUGGCGGGCGCGUCGAUUGUCGCUACAGACCGUCCUUUAGGUGGUACUUACAGACCGAAUUGCUAGCCUCCGGAGCUCAUUUAUCAUCAACAAGCGCCACCUACUUAUCACAAUUCUCUCACAGCGAAAGCGCAUAGAGCGACACAAUAUAAUGGUAGUGAUCACAUUUGAGACGUGGAUAUCUGUUUUAAGGUCUUUCUUUAUAUUAUAAUUUUCGAAGAUAAACGAUCGGAAUCUCUAAAAUUCUUCGUAAAUUAUGCUGAUGCAUAUAUCUAUAAUUCAGUGUACUCUCACCUAAGGGACAACCCCCAUAAGUGGACACUUUUUUUUCAGUACAUACCAGAAAUCCUUGAGAAUUUCGGAACAAUUUUUCUCUUGAGCGGGCAAUCCUCCCGUAACAUAUUAUUGACUUUUUUACACUUUUCUCAAGAGUGGACAAAUUUUUCAGUCCCUUAGGUGUCCGCUUAAGAGAGAGUACACUGUAUAUAAAUAUAUAUAUAAUAAUUAUAUAUAUUAAUUUAAUUUAAUAGUAAAUAGACUUGUAAGUGUAAAUAGCAAAAUCUGAAAGGCCAAAUAGAUUUUAGUGCUAAGUUUCAAAAGUCAACAAACUGAUAUGAACGGCAGCAAUACAGGUUUAAAGAAAUUAAUUCGAGUCUGUGAUUAAUAGCCGCAGUGUAAGCUUGUAUAUUAUUACGCCGUACGUGUGCACAUACAAAAUCUAUUUUAGAAUUAAAUAAAAGUUAUAAAAUGUAAUGAAAAGAAUCUUUUAGAGUAUGGGUAAUAUUAUGUAAAUGUGUUUGCGAAUGUAGGCACGCAUGAACGAACACUUAAAAAAAUACAAAAAAGUAAAUCAUUUAGAUGUUAAUUAUGUAUGUAAAUGUGCAAAAGUUUAAUACAAAUAUAUAAAGUAGUCAUUUUAAAUAUUGUA